AUGAGAGGGGAGAUGAAAGGUCAUCUUCCAAACGGAGAGUGGACGGAGGUCCGGCGACGGAGAUCCGACAACAGAUCUCAGGUAAAGAACAGAGUCACAAACUUCUACGUAGCAGGCUUUCCGGAUGGAAUAAAAAAAGAAGAACUUCGAGAACCAUUCUCCAGGUUUGGUAAAGUGAUCGAUGUCUACUUUGGAUGGAAGAAGGACUACCAGAGAAGGAACUACGCAUUCGUAAGAUUCACUGAAGUUGAAGACGCCAAAGUCUUGGAGAAGAAAUUACAAGGCAUCAAUUGCAGGGGGAAGGCGAUGGAAAUCAACAUCUCAAAGCAUCAACGAAAGCCAAUUCAAUCCCUAGGAGACAAAUGGAGAACGACCGCUACUGCACAACCCAUGAAACAAAACACCGCCUCUCGAAAUGGCUCAUACUAG